AUGUCGUUAGUAGUUAUUUUGUGUCUCAUAGAAUGUGCAUCUUUGAGACUGUGUAGUGGCCUUCAACGUGCGCGCAUGGGUUUGGGACAUCAAGGCAGAAUGAUGGCACGUGAACGACCACGUGUUCUUAAAAUGGCGAGAGGAUUUCGCUUUCCUUUCGAUGCUCUGGCACUGCUUCGCGAAACUCUCGGCGAUAAAUUGGAAAUUCAAACAACAGAAACAGUUGAAAACGCGUUGUUCGUGUCGAUAGUGACAUUAUUUGGCAAAAAUUUCGAAGGCAAAGGAGAAGACGAAAUGAUCGCUCAACGACGAGCCGCAGAGACGACCUUGCAGUUUCUAUUGGACACGAGAAUGUCGAUGAAGAAUAUGCAAUUGCCGUUAGGACUCGAACAGCGUCUCGAUUCGUUGGCUAGAGAUUUGAAUUUGGUGCGAAGGAAGGCAAGUCGACUGGUGAGUGGAGUUAAGAGAAAACACCCAGAAGGCAGUAAAGGUAUGAUGAAACCGCUAUUAGCUCGUGAUCUUAACCGUAUUAUGGAGCGUCUAGAAAGUGGAGAAAACCCGUUAGCUUUGUUCAAUCAGUUGUUACCCUCGGCUAGAAUUGAUCUUGAGUCGUCAAGUGGGCCUGCACAUGCACCCGUUCAUGUGGUGUAUACAAUUGUGGACGGGAAGAGGUAUGAAGGAAGGGCACACUCAAAACAGGAAGCCAAGAAGGCUGCUGCAUUACAGGCUCUGAACGCAUUGCAUGCUGAAGUAUCCGCUGCCAGGAAUUUUCCAGAGAGUUUGCCACAAGUUCCUAAGAAAAUGGCUUUACAAGCUGCAUUGCCAUCUAACGGUGGUAGGUCAGAAGAUAUAUCGGUUAGUCGAAUUAAUCCUUUGGCAAAGCUUCAAGAGAUGUUUGGAGAGCUUGAGUUCACAACAACUUUUGAUGGUCGAGAACGAGACGUGAACUGUCGAUCUACUGCAGAGUUAAUUGUGGAUGGAGAAAGUUAUUGGGGAUUUGGCUCAACGAAAGAGCAGGCUAAACAAGCAGCUGCACAAUCAAUGCUAGACAAACUCCAGGGUCUUGAAACAACUGCUGACGACAAGGGUGAGUUAAUGCUUCAUGCACCAUGGAUGAAGACUGGAUAUGUGAUGAGAGAGUCAUCUUAUGAUGAUGAGCUUCACAGUCCAGAAGUUGAACCUCAGCCACCAACACUCAAAACUCGGUUUAAUCCUGAAACGAAGAACGUUACAGCAAAUCCAGUGCAGCGUCUGUACACUCUAAAACCAACUUUGGAAUUUAUAUCAGAACAGCUGUCUGAUGUCAAUGCUGUGCCUCAGUUUCGAGUUUCUGUCAACGUUAGUGGUCAGAUCUUUUCAGGAGUUGGACGAAAUAAAAAGCAAGCUAAGCAAGAGGCUGCAGUUGAAGCAUUGAAAGUUGUGUUUUGUGAGGAUUGGUCAACAGGUCAGCCAGUCAUAAUCUCUAUGGACACGGCAGCUGAUGAUGUUACUUUGACUGGGGCAUGUCUUAGUCAAGCAUUAGUUGAUCGGUUUGCGCAGCUUAGUUGGGAGAAAUUCACUGAAUUAGCUCAAGAUAUUCCUAAUGAAUCAGGAAACAAGCGGCGAGUACUGGCAACUUUUAUCAUGACAAGAGGCAGCAGUGGGCAAGGAGUGAUGUCAUCAGAUGUGGGUGAAGAAGUAGUUGCACUAGCAACAGGAACAAAAUGCAUUUCAGGAGUGAAUAUAAGUCAGUGUGGAUUGGUCCUCAAUGACUGUCAUGCAGAAGUUGUGUGCAGGCGAUCUCUGAUUCUUUUUUUGUAUUCUCAUCUUUUAAUGGCACUUGGACGACAGCAAGAAGACUCAAUCUUCGAACCAAAAGAAGAUGGCAUGUUUGGGUUGAAGUCAGGAAUAGCUUUUCAUCUUUAUAUCAAUACAGCUCCUUGCGGUGAUGCGCGGGUUUUUGUAACAAGGGAUGAAGAGUCUGUUGAACAUGUGGCUGUGCACGGUGAUUCAGACAUGGGAACACCCAGUCAGAGUUCAGAUAACCAUCCUCAAAGGAAGAAUCGUGGGUUGCUCAGAGUGAAGAUCGAAGGAGGUGAGGGGACAGUGUUAGCUGAUUUAGAUCAGGAAGUGACUCAAACAUGGGAUGGAAUUCUGGGAGGAGAAAGGCUGCUUACGAUGUCAUGCAGUGAUAAACUGUUGCGCUGGAAUGUGCUAGGAGUUCAGGGUGCUCUGCUGAGCAACUUUGUGUCUCCUGUUUACUGCAAGUCAAUUAUAAUUGGAAGUCUGUUUCAGCGAGAUCAUCUGCAGCGGGCAGUUUAUCAGAGAGCAACUGGUGCUACUGAGAGCCUUCCUCAAUCUCAUGUAGUGAAUCUGCCACUGCUGUGUGGUCUCACAACACCAGAGGCUCGUCAGAUGGGCAAGUCAUCUCGAUGGAGUCUUAACUGGGUUUGGAUGGACAGUAAAGCUGAAGUGGUUGACUGCAGUACAGGUAAAUGUCCAGAUUCUGCGCCGUCCCGACUCUCCAAAUCAGCGCUUGCUGAACAAUUUUCAAAGGUAUGGAAAACAAUAAGUCACAAGCAGCAAGAGGCUAUCGAAACUAGCAAGACAGCCAAUCUUUCUGGUCAACUGUUUUUCAGAGGCACGGCAAGAUCAAAGCCUGAAACAUACUUGGAAGCUAAGAAGAUGGCAAAAGAUUACCAGCUCGCCAAACGUGCGCUGUACAAUCAUCUUUUUCAAGCAGGAAACGGCAAGUGGGUGGGGAAACCGGAGGAACAAGACAGAUUCAAUAUUCGUUAGGUACAAUUUAUAUUACAGGCAUGCACAAAACAGUACAAUACAAUCAGCUCUAUAUAAGCUGUGUACACUAAAAGCUAUCAUGAGUCUGACUUGUUUUGUUUGUCUAUUAGCUUUUCUGUUAAAUCACUGUUGCUUGUUUGACGUAAUUGAAGGCGUUUGUAACAUGCCAACCAGAAAUC